AUGGGCAAGCUCUGGGACCUCUUACCCGACUCUUUUACAAUCGCUACACACCAUACCACGAAUAGACUGAUCGAUGGACAACUCAGCUUGGAUAGUCACUACUACAUAUCCUCGGAUGAAUUCCGCAACAUGGCCUCCAGCGGCGAAUUCGCCACAUAUGGCACAUACGGUGACCACUUCUCGGGGGUAUCGAGGCAGACCAUUGCGGCGGCGUCAGCAACGGGGCGCAUAGUGGUCAUGGAGGUUGAUAUGCGAGGCGUUGAGCAGCUAAAGGCCAUCCCUGGGUUCGAUGCUCGAUACGUAUUCAUCACACCACCAAGUCUUGACGUCUUUGAGGCCCGUCUAAGCAUGGAAACUGCAGGAAUCUACGAGCCCCUGAGGCGACUCAUGGUGGAGUGGGGUAUUGCUCGUGUUCCCGAGGAAGUGGAAGAAGCUGAGCUAGGAUAUUCUCGCGUUCCGGGAGUGUAUGACUUAAUUCUCCCAAGUGAAAAUCUGGAUGAGGCUUUCCAAACACUUGUUAAUUAUAUUUAUAGCUCUGACUACUGA